AUGACCCUGCGCUCCGCCGGGUCCCUGGAGAGCGCGGAGGGCUCCGGGGGGCGCUGGGAGCACCCCGGGGCGGCGGCGCCGAUUGCCGAGGAGUCCCGUGAGGCGGCGCAGCUGGCCGCGGCUAUGGAGGAGCUGCGGCGGGCAGGAUGGUACUGGGGCAACAUGACUGUUGCUGAAGCCAAAGAGAGAUUACAGGAUGCCCCCGAAGGGACCUUCUUGGUUAGGGAUAGUUCCCAUUCAGAGUAUCUACUGACGAUUUCUGUAAAAACCUCAGCGGGACCGACCAAUCUACGUAUAGAAUAUCAAGAUGGCAAGUUUAGACUGGACUCUAUCACUUGUGUCAGAUCUAGACUUAAACAGUUCAACAGCGUUGUGCAUUUGAUUGAGUACUAUGUUCUUAUGUGCAAGGACAGAACCGAAACACCUUCAAAUGGAACAGUUCAUCUUUACUUGAACAAACCUCUCUAUACGUCUGCUCCAUCUCUGCAACACCGCUGCAGAAUAACUAUAAACAAAUGUACAAAUCGGAUUUGGGAGCUGCCAUUACCAACAAGACUAAAAGAGUACUUGAAAGAGUACCAAUACCAGGUAUAAAUAUCUUUUCUAAAUGCCUCUAAUGUAGAGUAACUUUUAAAUGCAAUUCUUAAAAUCAGCCAGAGAACUGAGUAACCAGUUGUACAACUCAGCAUGGAAUUCACUAUCAAAACAGUGGCAGUUCUGGGGGAAAGGUUUUUAUUUCAGAUGCCACAAAGGGAGACUUUAUGUAGAAUAAUCCCACUUUGCAUCCUCGGGGGUUUGACAAGGUGGCAUGCUAUUCUUGCGAGGAGAGAGAAGCCAGGAAUCUGUCCAGAUUGUGUUGCUUUGUCAAUAGCAUAAAAUACUGCACUAACUGUCAAAUGCUAACUGAAGCAGUGGGACCGGGAGAGACUGCAGAAGUGGUCAGAGACAUAUGAGAGCGCAUAAGUAUCUCAGUUGUCCGAUUCCAAGAUUAAUUUGGUGCUGGUGUUCGUAUAAUCCUGAAAGCUUAACUGGAUCACACUGUGAUAAUCUUGCCAAAGUUAUGCAACUAAUCAAAUCCAGUCAAAAAAAGUGAUCAUGUAUUCAGUUUUUUUUUUGAACUGUAAUUCUUGUGCUUUUCUGCAAGCAAAGGAGUACUGUAAGUAAUCAGUUUAAAACAUUAUUUUUCGAAGUUCACUAAAAGCUGACCU